GUAUAUAUUAGACUUAUGUGCGUAGAUUGUCAUCUCAUCGACAUUCCCAUGAUCUCAAAAUGUCUUUCAUUGCAAGCUGGGGCACAAAAGUGUACCCUGGGAAGAGUAGGCCUAUGGCAUAACAAACACCUUACACAAUGUUGUAAUGAAGCUUCGCAAAUGUCCCCCACCAUGCCAGUCUAGUGACAUUGUCAACGAGUCAACGUUGUGAUAUCUUGUCCUGCAGGUCUAUGGGUUGUUUAAACACUGAACUGUUGUCUCACAUUAUGCAGGUAGAUAUUUGCCAAGAUUCCUGGAGGAACAUAGGGCCUGUACACAUGUUUUCUAAUGUGGCCAGUCUUUGGCUGCUUUCUUUGCCUCAGGCCACAUGACAAGAUAGAACAACACUCUAAUUGUGUUUCUCUCCUCUUCAUACCAGUCUCGGAGACUCAUUGAUAAAAGAUUCACAAGUAAACAGAUUAUGAAAAUGGAUUUGCUUUAUCAUCUUUGGUUUAAAGGUGAAUGGUCAGUGAUGAAAUCUCACAACUUGUUAACUCGGGCAUCUCAAUCUCUGAUUUUCCCACUUCUGAUUUCUUCUCCUGGAAGGGUCAUUCAAGUGGUUAUGUCCUAGUCUGAAGCUCGUAUUUCCCACUUGGAAGCAUUAAGCUGUGAGGGGUGUGUUUAUGAUAAUGAUGCUUGCUGACUGUUAUAAAAGCCUCAAGUAAAGCAAUAUCCAAAGUGAGGAGAAGAAAUCAAAACUGUCAAAGUCAAAGUCAUGGUCAUAAUCAACUCGCACAGACUUAAUAAAGUAUCGAGAAGAGAAGACAAUGGCUUCCAUUUCCAUGACCGAGAGGCAAUCAGCAAGCGCAAUGAGUUCAGAAUAUAAACCCAGAUCCAAGCUUCUGCAUGCUGACAUUAUCAAAGAUUGUAAACAAACCAGUCCAGGACCUCCAACAAAGCAUCUUCUAAUGACAGAGAAAGAGAUUCUGCAUGACAGUGAAAAUAUCAGGCGAUGGACUUUUGGUAAAAAGGACCCGAGCAAAAUGAACCGAACGAUAUUGAUGAUGGGAGAAACAGGAGCAGGAAAAUCAACUCUCAUCAAUGUUAUGGUGAACUACAUCCUUCGUGUUGAUUGGGAGGAUAAAUACAGAUUUGAAAUCAUUGCUGAUGAGAGUCAAAGUCAAACUAGUUCACAAACAACUGCCAUCACUGUGUAUGAGAUCUUUGGUCACGAAGGUGAUCACAUUCCAUUUUCUCUAACCAUCAUCGACACUCCAGGAUUUGGUGACACAAGCGGAAUAGAGCAAGACAAGCUCAUCACAAAAAAUCUACAGGAGCUGUUUCAAUCUCCAAAAGGAGUCCACCACAUUGAUGCAGUGUGCUUUGUUGUAAAAGCUGCACAAGUGCGCCUCACACCUACACAGCGGUACAUUUUUGAUUCUGUCCUCUCAAUUUUUGGAAAGGACAUAGAAAAUAACAUUGUGGCACUCAGUACUUUUGCAGAUAGUGGGGAGCCUUUAGUCCUUCAAGCACUGGUAAUGGCAGAAGUUCCAUGUGUCAGAAAUGAACUUGGUACACCUGUUUACUUCAAAUUCAACAAUGUGUUUGCUGGUUUACAAAUGGAUGAAGAUGAUGAAGAACAUAAUGAUGAAGAGGAUGAAGAGGAGGAGGAGGAGGAGGAAAAUGAUGAGGUGUGUCAAUCAUCUUGGAAAAUGAGCAUGAAAAACAUGGCCAUGUUUUUUGAAUCACUAUGUUCAAUGGAAGCAAAAAGCUUGGUAUUAACACGUCAAGUUUUAGAGAAACGCAAACAACUGGAAAUGGAAAUCCAGACAUUAACAAAGCAGCUACAAGUUGCAAUGCAGCAGGCAGAAGCACUGAGGAGGGUCAGCAACCAAUUAGAACAACAUGAAGAGGACAUGGAAGCCAACAGAAACUUCUCCAUUCUUUUAGAUGUAAGUGUGAAGGAGAAAUGUGCCGUAAACAAGAAGGCAACAAAUUGUCAUUCUUGCAGGGAAACUUGCCAUCACCCUUGCACAGAAUAUUUUGGGUGUACACGCAUGCAGCAAGACAGAUGCACCGUCUGCAUAAAGAAAUGCAGCUGGAACGAUCAUUGUAAAGAGAAGUUCAUUUAUGUCUUUAAAACAGAAGAAGGUGAAUCAACGUACCUAGACCUAAAGAGAAAGUAUGAAGAAUUGGAAGGUCAAUCGCUGACAGCAAAGAUGUUCCUCAUCAUCUUUUUGAAAGAACUUCACCUGCAACUCUUUGCCAGCUUAAUCUUAAUUCUUAAAAUAAACAGCAUUGUUCAAAAACUGGAUCAGAUCGCUCUGAGACCAAAUCCAAUGAGCGCAGCCAAAUACCUUGACCUCCUGAUUGAAAAAGCGCAAAGGAAUCACAACCCCGAGAGAGUCAAGACACUGACAGAUAUGAAAGAGCAAGAAAAGCUGAAGAAUAACUUUGCCAAUCUGGUUCAUGAAUAAGGGUGUAUCCUGUCAGUAACCACCACAGGAAGAGCUGAGAGUUAAGCCUGCAUAAUGAAUAAUUAUUAAGACAUGUUUAUAGUGCUAAUGUCAAACUAAAUGUGCCAUUACAUAGUUGGGCCAUCCAUUCAUUGGAUCCUCUGCUCAACGUACAAUUUAUGUAUAGUUAAACGAAACGAUUAAUUUUCAUUACUCUUGUAAGUUUUCUGUAAUGUGUGAAAUAUUUUUGUGUGAGAUAAUCCAUUGAUACUUUUAUUCUAUUGACGUAAUAUUUGUUCGAAAAAUCGACAUUCUGGUUUAGCAUGUGAAUGGAGAAGAAUCUCGUAGACAAGGCGUUAAUUUUGCCAAAUUUGUACUUUGAAUUCUACUUUCUUAUAUAUCAGAUUUGAUUGGUGAGUUCGUAAAUGACCUUUUUGACGCAAAUGUCACACGACUUGAGGAGCAGAAGACCUGUAACUAAAGUUUCAACCGCGAUGGCAAACGUGAAUGGUAAUGGCGUCGACUCCAGUCGGUAAUGGUAAUGGCUCCGACUCCAGUCUGGAAGUAGUCUUACCAGGACUCAUAUCACAGGAACAAACCAUCUUUAUAAAGGACAGAUAUUCAUUUUUUAACAUUCGGACACUGUUUAACAUGAUUUAUUCUAAACAAUUCUCCAACUCCCCUGAGAUGGUAAUCUCCCUAGACAUCCUUUCGACAGAAUUGAAAGGGAGUACCUAUUUACUGUUCUUAAAAAAUUGGAUUUGGGGAAAAAUGAAGCUCAUGGAUCCGUUUCUUGUAUACAUUUCCCCAGGCCAGUGUCUGUACCAAUGACACCCGUUCUGAUUAUUUUGCUCUGGAACGUGGGACACCCCAAGGUUGCCCACUGUCCCCUUUAUUAUUUGCCAUCGCCAUUGAGCCCCUUUCAGUAGCUUUACGGACAUCUUCCUCUUUCCAAGGAGUUGAACAUAGGUUAUCAUUAUAUGCAGAUGAUUUGUUACUCUAUGUAAAUAACCCUGUAACCUGUUUGCCUUCUAUCCUUUCUAUUCUGGAGAACUUUGUCUCCUUCUCCGGUUACAACCUGAAUCUCCAGAAAAGUGAGUGCUUCCCAAUCAAUCCAGCAGCACUGCAGCUCCAGCAGAUAGAUUUGCUCUUUCAGGUUAGCCGCUCUGGUUUCAAAUACCUUGGAUUGAAAUUCAUUAUAUGCUCUUUUGUUCUGCAAACUUUCCUCCCCUUCUUGCGCAAAUGAAAACUGAUUUUCACAGACGGGGUAGCUUAACACUAUCACUUAUAGGAAGGAGUAACGCUGUAAAAAUGAACAGUUUACCCAAAUUCUAUUUCAAUCUAUCCCAUUGUUUUUACCAAAGUGUUGUUUUUUUAAAGUCAAUCAAUCAGGUGGUUACCACAUUUAUCUGGGGAGGAAAGGUACCCAGAGUCAAUAGAUCUUUACUUCAGAGAUUCAAGUUUAGUGGAGGGCUGGCACUACCCAGCGUUUUAUACUAUUACUGGGCAGCCAGCUUUCAGAAGUUGCCAUUGUGGUUACAUGCUCCAGAUACCUCAUGGUGCCACCUAAAGGCACAUUCUUGUAUUUUUGCUUCUCUUCUUGCGUUACUCUGCUUUUCUCGACCAACAUCCCCCUCUCUCUAUACUCGCAAACCUGUAGUGCUUUCCACACUUAAGAUUUGGUACCAGUUUUGACUGUAUUUUAAAUUCUCCUCUGCAACUACUAUGGGUCCUAUUGACAGGAAUCACUUAUUCCCCGCUUCUCUAAUAGAUAAUGCUUUCUUUCACUGGACGAGGAAAGGUAAUAAAGUCCUUCCAAGACUUA